CAGCGCCGCCAGCGGCAUUUCCUCCCGGCGCGGAGCCGCGCCGCCCGCGGACCCUCCUCCGAAGGGAGUCGGUUUCCUGCUCCCGCUGCCGCCCGGCACUCGGCGCUGGCUCCCGGGGAGCGGCCGCAGGCGGACAUGGCCCCCCGCGCCGCCCCGCUCCUGCCCCUGCUGCUGGCUCUGCUCGGCCGCCCGGACCCCGGGAGAGCCGAAGGCUGCGACCUGCAGCCAGUGACGGAGGAGCCACCCAUCACCCUGUCGUAUGCCACCAGCAUGGUGCCACGGGGCUGUGUCAGCAGUGGCUCCAUGGGCACCAGCCAUGAAGUCCAUGUCCUCAGUGUUAAGUGGUCCAAGGUAUCUGCUUUCCCACUGAAGGUGUCCAUCACACCACGAGCUGGUGGCUGCUCCCGGCCGGCCGUGCUUGUCCUCCUGUGCUCCCACUGCUCAGCCACCAUCACCUCCCAGUGCCCGGACCUGCUCAUCCGCACUGAUGCCCGCCUCAGCCCAGACACCACCACAGCACUGGGCCCCAAGGUGCCUGCGGCCACCGGUGACAUGCAGCUGCUGGCCUGGGCUCAGGACACCUACAGGGGCAUCACAUCCUACAGCGAGCUGUGGGACCCCCGCUGGGUCCAGCUCCGCCUGGGAGAAGAUGCCAGCAGCCCCCUAGACUGCAUCCCCCAGGAGCACUUCGAUGCCAUGCUGCACCUCGAGACUGAGGUCUUCUUCCAUGGGGUGAAGGGCUGCUCGCGCAGGGAUGCCCAGAGCACCAGAGUCGCCCACAUCAUCCGCCUGCAGCCCGAGCCCAGCUCCCCCAUCACAGAGGUGAACCUGUCCCUGAGCUGUCCCGAGAGAGCCAUGAGCAACCAGAUCCUCAUCCUGCAAAGCCGGGCUAACCUCACGUGGUCCCUCUCUGUCAACAACUGCCACAUCCAGUUCCUGGUCUCUGGGAACUACAAGAUCGCGCCCAUCUCCUCGCUGCUGCUCCCUGGGGAGCGCCUGCCUGACACAGAGUGGGGCCUUGUCGCCAAAGCGUUCGAGAAGAACUGCAGUGUCAUCGCCUCCUACUCUGCCAUCCCCGCCAGCACCCGCAUCAGCCUGGAGAUCCAGGAGCAUGAGGCAGUCAGGAGGGUGCCUGUGACACCCACCCCCCCAGCCGCCACCACCAGCUCACUGCCCCAUUCACUGCUGCUCAUGCUCAAGCCCUGGAAGUGCACAGAUGAAACCAUGGAGAUUGUCAUUGCCAGAUCCCACCUGGAGCCCAUCAAAGACGUGGUGAACAUCACCCUGCGGGACAUCAGCUGCCAGGCAGAGAAAAAUGCCACUCACUUCAUGCUGAAAACCCCGCUCAACCACUGUGGCACCUCGCUGGAGGGCAGGGGCCAUGCCAACAAUGAGCUCAUCCUCAACCUGGCCAAGGGCACAGCGCUCCAGAGUGUGCGGGUGGCUUUCCAGUGCAAGAUCCCGCGGGAGCUCUUCCUGCGCCUCUUCCCCACCGCUGCCUUCGAGGCGCCCCAGAUGGAGCUGGAGGUCAACAAGGAGGCCUUUGUGCAGGCGUCCAUGCGGUGGGAGGACCACCCGGACGACCUGCAGCUGAAGGAGUGCUGGCUGGUGGCGCCGGGGCGGGAGCCGGUGCUGCUGGUGCAGGGUGGCGAGGCCCAUGGCGCGGGGGUGGCCGUGCUGGAGGGCCCCCCCAGCAGCCGCGGGAGGAAGGUCUGGCGCUUCCGCUUCACCUACGCCAUCCCCGAGAGUGGGCGUGUCCCCUUCUCUGCCGCCCUCAAGUGCAAGGCCGGCUUGCAGAACGACACCAUCUUUGAAAAGGUCCUGGAGGUGAUGGUGAAGGAUGGCUGGCAGCCGCCCAACAACCGCGGGCUAGGGCUGGCUGCUGUCCUGGGCAUCACCUUCGGUGCCUUCCUGAUCGGGGCGCUUCUCACUGCUGGGCUCUGGUACAUCUACUCGCACACCCGUCCCAUCUCCAAACUGCAGCCAGUUUCCAGCACAGCGCCAGCCUCAGAGAGCAGCAGCACCAACCACAGCAUCGGCAGCACCCAGAGCACCCCCUGCUCCACCAGCAGCAUGGCUUGACCUCCCUGGGACCCCUGGAGCCCGCCCAGCCUCUGGCUGUCAGACUUGGGGACCCACCCUGGCCCCAUUAAGCUGUUUUUUUGCCCCAAAUCUCAGGCCAAGCCCGGGGGGGCCUCCGUUACUCAUUCAGUGAAUGCUUUGGCCCCCUGAGGACAGCCAAUGCUGCGGGGGGGGUGGGGUGGGGGGUGGGAGGAGGGCACCCUGCAACCACCCCCAGGGUCCCCUGCUGCUGGGUGCACCAGGGAGGUGGAGAGAGCAGCUAUUGCCAAAACCCCCACAAGGUUCCCCAUCAAAUGGGGGGGGGGCAAAAGUGGGCGUCCCUAGGACAUGCCUCAGCACUUGGGGUGACCUCUGCACCCCUCCCGUAUCCCCCCAAGAAUGCAGCAGGCACCACUGGAAGCAGCAAGAAGUUUAUUGGGGAGGGGGUGCGAGGCUGCCGCCCCACCACAGAGCAAUGGGCAGAAACCAUCCCCCCCAGCUCCCCAACCAAGUUACAAACUCUUAUUAAUAAUAAUAAAAAUCUUCCCUACAUUAAAUUAGUCACACACUGA